AUAACAAUCCCACGAAGACGAGAGAGAGAGUCGUCGUCGUCGUUUCCGUGUUGGGUUGGGUGCUUUGUGUUUAGUUUGUAUAGGCAAGGCAAGGAAAGAAUCCAAAUCGAAAACACACAGCAGAUUCAUACACAGAUUAGAUAAGCAGAGAGCGGUGAGGAUGAUGAUGCUCAAGUUGAUGAAGACACCAAAUUUUCUGUGCAUUUGUUGAGAUGGGUAGAUUUUUAUCAUUGUUAUUAUUCACCAACUCUAAGCUGCCAUUAUCAUUGAGUCGCUGCUUUCACUUGGGAUCUAAUUCUACCCUCAUCACCAUCACCAAUUCACCUUCCUUUUUGCGCUUCUCUAAGCGCCCUUCCCGACCAUGAACCUCUCUCUCAUCCCCUCUCUUGGAUCUCCCUCGCAGAUCCUUCUUCAAUUCCUCCACCACCGUUUUCUCUUCCUCUUCCUCUCCCAUUCGCAUGGACCCCACCUCUCGCCCUGCUGUCGUCAUCGACAAUGGCACCGGGUAUACUAAAAUGGGUUUUGCGGGAAAUGUAGAGCCAUGUUUUAUUUUACCAACUGUAGUUGCUGUUAACGAUUCUUUUCUUAAUCAAUCUAGAACUUCUAAAGCGAAUUGGCUUGCGCAGCAUAGCGCUGGGGUUAUGGCCGAUCUAGACUUCUUUGUUGGAGAGGAGGCCAUUGCUAAAUCGAGAUCGAGUAAUACUUAUAAUCUUAGCUAUCCAAUCAAACAUGGUCAGGUUGACAAUUGGGACGCCAUGGAAAGGUACUGGCAGGAGUGUGUAUUCAAUUAUUUGCGAUGCGAUCCAGAGGAUCAUUACUUUCUUUUGACCGAGAGCCCACUUACUGCACCGGAGAGUCGCGAGUACACCGGUGAGAUUAUGUUCGAGACGUUUAAUGUUCCUGGGCUUUAUAUUGCGGUCAAUUCGGUGCUUGCUCUAGCAGCUGGUUACACAGCAUCCAAGUGUGAGAUGACAGGGGUUGUGGUGGAUGUUGGAGAUGGGGCUACUCAUGUUGUACCUGUUGCUGAUGGUUAUGUUAUUGGGAGCAGCAUUAAGUCAGUUCCUAUUGCUGGUAAAGAUGUCACUCUCUUUAUUCAGCAGCUCAUGCGGGAAAGAGGAGAGAAUGUACCACCAGAAGAUUCAUUUGAUGUAGCUCGAAAAGUGAAGGAAAUGUAUUGCUACACAUGUUCUGACAUUGUUAAGGAGUACAACAAGCAUGACAAAGAACCAGCGAAGUAUAUUAAGCAUUGGAGGGGUAUUAAACCCAAAACAGGGGCACCAUACUCCUGUGAUAUUGGCUAUGAACGAUUUCUUGGCCCUGAGGUUUUCUUUAAUCCAGAGAUUUAUGGUAGCGACUUUACCACUCCUUUACCAGCUGUCAUAGACAAGUGUAUUCAGUCUGCGCCAAUUGACACAAGGAGGGCUUUGUAUAAGAAUAUAGUGCUAUCUGGGGGAUCAACCAUGUUCAAGGACUUUGGUAGAAGGUUGCAACGUGAUCUGAAGAAGAUUGUGGAUGCACGGGUUCUUACAUCUGAAGCUAGACUGGAUGAUGAAGUAAAAUCACAACCAUUGGAAGUUAACGUAGUCAGUCAUCCCAUCCAGAGAUUUGCUGUAUGGUUUGGAGGUUCAGUUCUUGCAUCAACACCUGAAUUUUUUGCGGCUUGCCACACAAAAGCAGAAUACGAGGAAUAUGGAGCAAGCAUAUGUCGCACAAAUCCUGUUUUCAAGGGAAUGUAUUAAUGCAAAGAUCUUAUUUGGCUGAUGAUUCAGCAGUCAUUUUCAGAUGCCAAUGUUUCUUGGAAUGACAUCAUUUUCCACUUCCAUCAUAUGCCUCAAUUCACAUCCCUUGUUACAUCUCUGUAUGGUGUUCUUCCAUAUUCAUGGGUCGUGGGAGGCGUUGUAAAGUAUGGAUGCUCGAUCUAAAUUGUAACAGAAAAGAUGGGUUUCUUGUAUUGAUUCUUUCAUUGGUUAUCUCCAGUCUCAAAAUCUAUAGGAUGGCAGUUAAUUGUGUUGCUAAUGCCUAGUAGGCCUUGCUAGGAACUCUCUUAGGUAAACACAGUCGAGCUGAAUUUUUAGUCUUCAGCUCAGUUAGAUUAUGAUACAUUUUUCCAUCUUCCUUUUGUUUUGUGAAUGAUUAUGACACCAUAUAUAUUCAUUCGUUUGCAUGAGUUGGAUUAGUGGAGCUACUAAUUGGAAUUAGAAAUUUGUUUAA